AUGGCCAUCUGCUGGUUUUGCAGCAGCUAUACAUACAUGCGCCAAGUUGGCUCAGUUUCAACGCUCCUGGCAGCGUACCGUGCAAACUACAUCGAUGAUCGAUCGGCGGUCACGCGUGGUCCCGCGCGAGCCAACCUGUUCACCGUCAGCAAUUCAGCACCGACUAUUACGACCGAGACUUGCACUCCAGCACGGCCGAAUAGCAAGCGAACCGGUCGGGUUUCCAUCCAAUCCCAUCACGCCGUGCCAUGGCGAGAGUCCGAGAUCAACCAAAACUUUGCCCCCGCGUCCCCACACGGCAGGAGUGCGUGCGAUGUGACCGAGACCGAGAGCGACCGGGAGUCCCCUCCGCAUCCGCCGGGACAGCAACGCCCGUGCGAACCCGAGCGCCACCACCACCUCCACCUGCGUCCAGCGCCCGCCAACGCCAACCAGCCAGAGCCAAGCCAAAUACUCCCCCCCGCGCCGCGCGCGCGCACCUGCUUCCCAGUUCCCACCCAAAACUCGCCGUCCGCCACCGCCACCGCGCCCAUAGCAAGCUCGCCUUCCACGCCGAAUCCACCACCGCCACCGCGCCCAUAG